AUGGUGGCCAACGGAUACCACCAUAAACUGAGCCAGCGUCUGAGCCAGCGUCUGAGCCAGCGUCUGAGCCGAUCAGGAUUCUGGACCAGCACGACUGCCCCGAGCCAGCCAUUCAAUCCAGCACUUCCAGUCCUCUUAAAGCCAGUAUGUUUCCUCCCCAACUUUAUUAUUUCUUUUUAUUUUCCCCCCCCAAAAAAACAAAAAAACCACAAAACCAUGUCUGUUCUUGAUGAUGCUAACUUCCCCUCGAUGGAGAUGUUUUUCGAACGGUACGGUGAUGACGGGGUCCAGGAACCCCGAGACGAACAUUACAUGCUGCAUGAGGAAUACGAGGAGACGUACGCAGCGCAAUUUAGCUACGAAUUCGGGCUGACUAAAGACACCAAGCUCCGUGAUGUGUCCGAAACACCCAUCAACUAUGAUGUCAGUGAUUACUACUUUGACCCCCAGCUAGGGUUGGGCAUCCACAAGGAGAUCGGACUUGUGGUGGUGUUCCACCGAGACCCCCGGAAAAACUAUAUCAUCCGGUCGCUUUUAUUUGAGAGGUACGCACAGGCCAUCAUGUGCAAGAUAACACUGUUCCGCGGGGCCUUGCAGUUGCUGCGGGCCAAGGACGAGCUCAGUCUGAAGCUUGUGCUCAGUUGCGAGAUGGGUGAGCCAGGACUCGAACACGCCCGCGGCAAGCUCAGUCCGCAAUGCAUGCCGCUCCAGGCCGUGCCCAUCCACUUUGGUUUUGGCUGCGGCUGCGGCAUCAUCAGAAGAAGGUAUGGCGAGUUGAGUCGCCACUCAUGCAUCCAACGGGACUCGAUCCGACCCAUGGCGUUCCAAAAGUUCCCGCAGAGGUAUGGUCUCCGGCCUGCCAACUUUGAGGUUUAUUGUCCCACCGACGACGGCUAUGUGGAGGCCCGCGCCAGGGAUGGUCCUGCGUCGUCGUCGUCGUCGUCGUCGUCGUCGUCAUUAUCAGGGACUGCGACAACCGUCCAGAACCACCUGCGGACAACCACUGUGCCCGACCUGCAGCACCAUCCGUUGGUGAAAAAGAUUCUCCAGGAGGUGGACCGAGAAAUAGUGGACAUCCAGGUCAAAGGUAUGAAGGAGGCCAAUUUUGUUCCGAAGAUAGCCCAGCUCUUGGUGGGUGCCAUGACACUUUUCAGCGCCAACAUCAACCAUGUCAAUCUUGCGGGACUCGAAGUGGUGCGACUUUUCAAAGGCGCCGCCAAUAACACCGGGCGCGCCUCCAAUAACUUUAACCGCCGCCCAUCUACGUAUUUCCGCGCAGUCCAGACAUACCUGACGUGCGUGCAGUACAGCAAGUACAUGGCCGAGCUAGUAUACAUGGUAUUGAUGUAUGGACCCAAACCUGCGGCCUCCUUGGCGCUCACUGAGAUGCUUGAUAAGUAUAGAGACGAUGAAGUUGUGUUGGAGGUCAAUUCCCGUGAUUAUCACAAUUUGACAGGCUACUCGCAGUUCAUCACGGCCGAGGAGCGCACGCGGAUCUUGGACCAGACGUUUACCGAGUCGUCCCUUCGUGACAUCGACCAGCUCGUGCAUUGGAUCAUGGACCACUGCAUAAGAAAGGAGUUCGACGAAAACCUUUCUGUGGCGGGGGAUGAGCAGCAGCAGCAGCAGCAGCAGCCAGAUAUCGAUAUUGAGAGUGAUGCCAUAGCCGCGGGUAUCUUGGAUGAGGACGGCGACGACAACAAUGAAACCCCAGAGGUGUAUUUGGAGGCCAUGAACACAACAAUGUCGUCCUCGCAGCAGCAAACAGCUGCUGAGUCUUUGGCCAGUUUGUACUAUCCGGUCUAUGGCGUCAACAAUAAUGCCGAAGAAGAAGAAGAACAAAAUACGUCAAACGAAAAUGCGUUUGUGGUGUACCUUGGGUACCUAGGGGCUAAGUAUCCGACCAAGCAGUAUUGUCGGUCGUUGAGCGGAAUAUGCUAUGUGGCCAAGACGUGUGUUUUGUUGGAUAUCAUCAAACGGGCGCGCACCCGCCGCGUAUCGCUUCGAGACGCUGAGGAUCCGUCUGUUGUGGACACCGGUCUGUACCGCAUAUUGGCCCAGGUGCGCACCCAUUAUACGUAUCUCGGGCUAUCGUUGGCUCGAAGCGAGGGUAAUCUCUUUCGCCUCAACUUUUCCACGGGAGACAUCUUCAACAGCGACAACGUGGUUGUGGGCCACACGAAUAUGAUCAGCAAGAUAUUCGGCCGGUUGUACGACCUUGCACAGGAAACCAUCCAGGAUUUGUCGAAUGGUGAAGAAUUGGACUACUCCGUUGACAACGCUCGGCUCAGCGACGGGAUGGUUUCGUUUACGGAGUGCGUGAGAGUACCGCUGUAUUCGCGAUAUAAGCACCGAUUGCUCUCGAUCCAUAACAACAACAUCGACCUGUUCCGGAAAGCGCACACCAACUUGUCGCUCAUCCUCAUCACGCUCCUCCAUAUCCUGUGCUUGCCGGCACGGUCAACUGAAAUCGACCGAUUAUCGGUGGAGGGCACGUCCAAGGAGUAUCGGGGUGUGUACUUUCUUGGCCCCACGUUUGGGUUUUGCUAUAACUAUAACAAGUCGGCCAAUUCGAAAGACCCCAUCAUCCGGGAAAUCGGUCCUGAAUUGUCGUUGUUGUUUUUGUGGUAUGUGCUCGUCUUCAGGCGGAUGUACGUAGAGCUGUCGCGUGUGGAGAGCAGUGAGAAGUUGUACCAGUUUGAUGCGAUGCUGCCGGACAAGAUCCGGAGAGGAGUCCUGUAUUGGUUCACGUACGGCAUGAAUAACCAGCGCGAGUAUAAGUUCUGUGAGGUGCGCCAGAUCCUCAAGCGGUGCAUCGAGUUCCAUUACACCAAAAGCGUGACUGCAGAUCUCGACAUGUACCGUCUGGUUUACGAGACCAUUGCGCGGACCCUGGGCCAUUCGGUGGCCACGUCCACGGAGCAUUACGGGACGAUUGCGAAUUAUCCGCCAUCAGUCAACGCCGCCGAUGUGCUCCGGUCCCGUCAUUUGGGCCAGGUCUGGCAUCGGCUGGGGUUGCGUCGGAAGUUUAUCGGUUUCGAGGGUGAGGUUGUUGAGCCGGAGGGUGAGCCGGGUGAUGUGGAUGAGGUGGUGGCAUCUGAUGUUUCAAUUGACCCGGCUAGCCCUGUCAAUGAAGAGGUUGAGGAAGUUGAACCCUUGCGUGAUGAUAUUGGCGGGAAUCCUGUUUAUGCAGAUGACGAGGUUGAGGAAGUUGAACCCCUGCGUGACGAUAUUGGCGGGAAUCCUGUUUAUGCAGAUGACGAGGUUGAUUCUAUUUCGGAUAUGCUUAUGGAAAUUCCUCGCAUAGAUUAUAAUAGGGCUGUAGGCUCUGAUCCUACGCCUGUUCCUCCGCUUGAACCUUCUGCUGUUUCACCUUCUGAACCCCCAGCUCCUUCUCGUUCAGUCCCUGUUUCAGCUCCCGACGCCCCUCCAGUGUCUGUUUCGUGGAACGAUUCGAGCCUCUCCCCAAACCACGCUUCGUCCCCUUAUGUUCACCAGCUCCCAGGUUAUCGUCCUCCCUUCUCACCUCCCUACCACCACGCUCCUGUAUCUUCUGGGUUUGCUUUACCUCCGCAAGAUGCAUAUCUAGGCGCGCCGUUAUAUGAUGCGCAUGUGUCUCGAGAAGUGCUUCUGGGAGCGAGAAAACGCCAUAGUCGAGAAAAAAAGGAAAGCAAAGAGAGAAAAAUGGAAAGGAAGAGGAAGGAGAAAGAAAGGAUCAGUAAAAGAGAGGAAGAUAUCAGGAAAAGAGAGGAAAAGAUCAGAAAAAGAGAGGAGAAAGAAAAGAUAAGGAAAAGAGAGAAGAGAGAGAAAAGGGAAAGAAAACGGGCAGAGGAGAAACGAGAAAAAGAAAGUGCAGCCCUAGCUUCUCCUGUCACCCCAGUCAGGACCCUAAAAGUCAAAGACGUCCAUCUAUAUCUGUCUGCAACGAGUGGCCGGUUAUUCCGUAGCGAAAGCCCAUCAGGCCCCUCAGGCCCUUCAGGCCCCUCAAGUCCUCGAGCCAUGCCAUCGGGUCCCCCAACGCCGAAUCUGAGUGCCAGGCGGGUGCACCCCCUUAUCUAUCAAUCGCGCACGCAAAGCCUGGCCGUUCCUGGGUCUUCCCACCCAACGCGCGUGCAAAAGCAGCCAAAGCAGCCUCCCAGCGCGCGCUCUUUAGGAUCGCCUCCCUCGUUUCCCGAGACGCCGCGCCGGUCCUUGCUUUCUCCCCAGCAUCUCCGCCAAAGAAUAACGGAGAGUUUGCAGGCAUCGCCGUUGGGAAGGUUCUUUGCUCCGUCAGAUUCCCCUAAAAGCGUUGCUCGGAAAGGGCCCAAGAUCCCUAAGAAUGAUCCUGUGGUGGAUGAUCUGGAUUAUCUGGAGCUGGAUUAUCUGGAUGAAGAUUAG